AUGUAAAAAAUAGUUCUUAUUUUUGCUAUCAUCACAUUAAGCUUAGCUAUUGAUGUAGUUGAUGAUUACGACAUAGAAUCUUAUUUGGGAGAUUGGUUUGAGGUAGCUAGUAGUCCUUGGGUUCAUACAACAUUCGAGAAAAAUGGAUUCUGUAAUAGAGCUAGAUAUGGUACUUUAGCCAGUGGAGAUCUAAGUGUUUAUAAUGUCUAAAGAGAUGGGGCUGGUGAUGGACCAAUAAAAUCUAUUGAUGGAUAUGCUAGAAUUCCAGAUAUGAAAUAUAAAGCUAAACUUAAGGUUUUUCUAAAUGGAGGUUAAGUAGGAGGAGGAGAUUAUUGGAUUAUUGAAUUAGGACCAGUAAUUAAUAAGAAAUAUUAAUGGGUCAUCGUAAGUGAACCUGAAAUGCUAUUUAUGUGGGUAUUAACUAGAGAUCCUUAAAAAUACAGAGAAGAAUAUGAAGAUUAUGUAAAAGAUCGUGUCAAUGCUUUGGGUUUCAAUGGAGUUUUGAAUAAGUAUGUUCCUAGAUUUUUCGAUAAAUGUGUUCCAUAUGAUGAUUGAAU